AUGCCCGGCCUAACCCCCGCCCAAGUCACCCAAUUCCACGAAAACGGCUACCUCGUGCUCCCAGACUACCUAACCCCUCAACAAAUCACCUCGCUAAUCGCCGAGACAACCUCCCUCCUCACCUCCUUCGACCUCUCCACCCACCCCCUAACCCAAUUCACAACGGGCGACGACUCAAAAGACAACAAGCCGCACGUCGGCGACGACUACUUCCUCAACUCGGGCGACAAGAUCCGCUUCUUCUUCGAGCCCGAUGCGUUCACGUGUGACCCCGCCGAUCCCACAAAGACCGUGCUGUCCCGGCCGAAGGAGAAAGCAAUCAACAAGAUCGGGCACGCGCUGCAUUCGCUGUCUGCCCCAUUUGAGGAGGUUUCCAUGAGCGCGCAGAACGCGGAUAUCGCGCGCAGUUUGGGCUUCAGGGAUCCGCGGGUCUUGCAGAGUAUGGUUAUCUGCAAGCAGCCUGGGAUUGGGGGCGCGGUGCCGCCGCAUAAGGACUCGGAGUUUCUGUAUACUUCGCCGCCGAGUGCGGUGGGGUUUUGGAUUGCGCUGCAGGAUGCGGGGGCGGGGAAUGCGACGCUUGCGAUGUAUAAGGGGAGUCAUAGGCGGGUGUCUGGUGCGGUCAGCAGGAGGUUUGUGCGGCGGUAUAAUGAGGAUGGGAGUUUGGCGGGUACUGGGUUCGUGGAGAAUGAGGGGGAGAAGUUUCCUAAGGGCUUGGAAGUGGAAGAGGAUGUUGAGGGGGAAGGGGAGGUGGAGGUUUUGGAUGUCAAGGCUGGCUCGUUGGUUCUUAUUCAUGGGAAUGUGUUGCAUAAGAGUGAGAAGAAUACGGGGGAUAAGAGCCGCUUUGCGUAUACGUUCCAUGUUAUUGAGGGGGCGGACGGGUGGGAGUAUGAUGGGCGGAAUUGGUUGCAGCCGCCGGAGGGGGGAUUCUCGAGGUUGUACCAGUGA